UCAAAUUGGCUCGACGAAUCUGAGCAUAAUGGCUGAGAAAUGUAAUUCUGAAAAAGUAGCUAAAUUCAUUCUCUGGACUUCUAUUAUUAUCUUAAUUAUAUCAACAGUUUUCUUAAUAGUGUUUCCCUCUAUUUAUAAAAACCAGCUGAAGAAGCAAAUAACGACAGAGGGUUCAGUGAUCACCACUAUUUGGAAAGCUAUACCUUUGCCAUUAUAUGAGAGACUAUACUUUUUUAAUGUUACGAAUGGUGAUGAUUUUGUAAGAGGAGCUCCAUUAAAUGUUUCAGAAGUUGGUCCUUAUACUUAUAAAGGCAAAUGGGUGAAAAAGUAUCCUCAGUGGAAUUCAAAUGGUACUGUAUCUUACAGAGAAACAAGAACAUAUCAUUUUGUACCAGAAAUGUCCGUUGGAAGUCAGGAUGACGAAAUUUACACAUUGAAUGGGCCGAUGGCCAUUGCUAUUAAAAUGAUAAAGAAUUAUCCUUGGUGGUUAAAAAUAAUAGCCUCUGCUGCACUAAAGAUAAAAGAUGAAAAUCUAAUUACUCGGAAAAAAAUACGAGAACUUGUAUAUGAUGGUUACAAUGAUAUAAUUAUAAAAAUAGCACCUACUAUUAAACCUGACAUUCCUUAUAAAAACGGACGUUUUGCUUGGUUGUACGGCAAAAACGCGACGGAUGAUGGUAUCUUCACUGUUUUUACGGGAGCAGAAAACGCUUCACUAACGAAUUUUAUUAAUACUUGGAAUGGGCAAGAGCGACUGGAUUUCUGGAAAGGUGACGAAUGCAACAUGAUGAAUGGCACCAGUAUUGAAACUGGUCCGCCUAUAGAUGGAUAUCAAGAAACUUAUACUUUUUUUCAAUCUAUUUUCUGCAGAUCUCUCACCUUCAAUUACACUCGAGAUGUAACGCAUUACGGUAUACUUUCUAAAAGAUUCGAAGCUACCUAUGAAAUUUUUGCAAACGGUAGUGAAAAUCCAAACAAUUAUUGUUUUGAUGUGCAGCCAGGUUUAGCAUCUGGAGUACUGGAUGUCAGCCCUUGCCAAUUUGGUGCACCUGUCCUCAUUUCGUUUCCUCACUUCCACAUGGCGGACCCAUCCUAUUUGAAAACAAUCAAUGGUCUUCAGCCAAAUGGAGAACAUCAUAAGUCGUACGUGGAUGUGGACCCUGUUACAGGCAUGUCUCUUUAUUUGAACGUUCGGUUUCAAAUCAAUGUUCAGUUACAGAGAGUAAACGGGAUAUUUCAAUUGGAUGAUAUUCAAGAAGGCAUUUAUCCAAUAUUUUGGGCGCACUUAGUUUAGAAAUUGACCAUAAUAUGGCAGAUUUUUACUACAGAAAUGUAAAGAGGCCAGAAAUAAUUGGAUAUGGAGUUUUAAGUGCAGUAAUUUUUCUUUGUAUAAUAGGCGUUAUAGUUUCACUCAUUAUUCUCCGGAAGAGAAAGGGAGAUUUUCCUUUAAUUAAUGAAGAAGAGAACUCAUCAGAAAGUAGAACACAAAUUAGCAAAUCUUCAAAACAUUCAAACUAUGGUAGUCAAGGGGCUUUAAAAUGUGAUGAAGCAGGUGAAAGUGUUUCUUCAGCAAUAGAGGAAGAAAACAAAGCUUUAGAUUUGGUAGGUGAUGAUUCUGCCUUAACGAUAAACAAUCCAUAAGCUUGACAAGCUACGAAAUCAUUUUGCUCAGAUGAAAAUUUCAUUUUUUUGCUGCCAAUUUUAUUACAACUUUUGACGUAGAGCUUCGUGUGAAGAGUUUUCAAGAUUUUUCCUCCAUCUUAGAUCUGCACCAUGUAAUCAGUAUAUUUAUACUUUAAGUAUUAUUAUGUAUAUAUUUGUAUUUAGCAAAAUGACUUGAUGCUCGUGUAAUGUAUUUGAAAUAAGAUAUUAAAUUUUGUAUUCUGUUU